AUGGAUGAAAAGCUUGCUUCACCAGUGAGCUCGAGCCACUCGGCCUCGUCAUUGGACGAUCCCGCAGCCAAGGUGCAGGAGCUCAAGCGCAUCUACCGAAAGAUCGAUUUGAACAUUGUGCCGCUCAUGUUCUUCUGCUACUUUUUGCAGUUCCUCGACAAAGUCCUCGUUAAUUAUGCCAACAUCAUGGGCAUUUCCAAGGCCCUCCACUUUGUGGGCAACGACUUCUCUUGGAUGGCGACGGCCUUCUUCAUUGGCUAUGCUGUUGCCGAGUUCCCUCAGGGCUACUUGAUCCAAAAGUUCCCCGUCUCCAAGGUGCUGGGGUUCAACGUCUUGCUCUGGGGAAUUGUCGUUUGCUGCACGGCUGCGACGCAGAACUUUGCCAGUGUUGCCGCCGUCAGGACGCUGCUGGGCAUGUUUGAGGCCGUUAUCACCCCGGCUUUGAUCAUGAUUACGUCUCAGUGGUAUACUAGGAAGCAGGCGACUCUGCGCACGGGUAUCUGGUACUGCGGACUGGGAGCUGGGCAGGUCAUGGGAGGAUUGAUCUCCUGGGCGGCCCAGCACGGCUCGACAACCUCUUCGUUCCAAGGCUGGCGCAUCAUGUUUGUGGCUGUGGGCGUUUUCAACCUCUUGGUCGCCGUCGCAGUCAUCUUGCUUAUGCCCAACAACAUCACCUCGGCCAAGUUCUUGACUGAAGACGAAAAGGCUCUUGUCGAGGAAGUAUUGGCCCGGGACCAGGCUGGAUCCGGCAAGAAGGUCUUCCAUGUGUCUGGUAUCUGGGAUGCCCUCAAGGAUCUCCAGGUGUGGCUGCUCUUUGUCAACACUAUUCUUAUUGUGAUCCCCUCUGGCAUCAUCACCACCUUUUCGGCGACCAUCAUCAACUCCAUCUUCCUCACGCCCAUGAAGUCUGCGCUCCUCAACAUGCCUGCCGGAGCCAUCUCCAUCUUUGCGACCCUGGCCGGCUCGUAUGCGAUUUACUUCAACCUGCCUCGUUGGCUGAGCAUCAUUGCGCUCCUGAUUCCCACCAUCAUCGGCGCGGCACUCAUGUCCUUUGCCAAAUCCAAGGGUGGUGCCCUGGCUGGUGUUUACCUCAUCAACUUCGACGUGGCCCCCCUGGCCCUCAUCUACGCUCUAGUCGGUGCCAAUACGCAGGGAUACACGAAAAAGGUUACCGUCAACGCCAUCAUUGCCAUUGCCUUCUCCAUCGCAAACAUUAUCGGCCCACAGACUUUCCAGGUCAAGGAUGCGCCCCAGUAUCUUCCCGCCAAAAUCACCGUUCUCGCCGUUGCCGCCGCAUCCAUUGUGGUUACGAUUCUGCAGAGAAUCCUCUACGGCAUGCGCAAUGCCAAGACGGCUGCUGCUCGCAAGGUGGAGGUGGAGGCUAUCAACCGAGGCGAGAUUGAUGCCAAGGCGGUGGACGACGAGCAGACUGACUUGACAAACCCUACUUUCCAAUAUGUAUACUAA